AUGACAACAGGCUUGAACAACGUUUUAGUACAGUGCUCACGCAAAGGAGAGAUGAACAAUGUAGAAUAUGUGAUAAACGAAGGAGCUGAUGUAAAUUAUAAGGAGAAUGGAGUUUGGAGUGCAUUGAUGUAUGCCUCUGCUGGUGGUUACGAUAACGUUGUUCAACUACUAAUUAAAAAUAAUGCUGAUGUGAAUGCCAUGCAGUUAAAUUCAGAUAAUCAAUUGCUGGUGGCCGCUAAAAAUGGGGACGAAAAUGAAACUGCCAAACUAAUAAACAAUGGAGCCGAUGUAAAUAACGAUAAAUAUACAAGCUGGAAUGCUUUAAUGUUAGCUUCGAAAAAUGGACACGAAAAUGUUGUACAACUCCUACUUGACAAUGGAGCUGAUGUAAAUGCGAAAGCCAUUAAGGGAUGGAAUGCAUUAAUGUCGGCUUCACAAAAGGGACACGAAAAAAUUGUACAACUUCUAAUUGAUAAAGGGGCUAAUGUAAAUCAAAAAGUCAAAAGAGAAUGGAACGCUUUAAUGUUGGCCUCACUAUACGGACACGAAAGUAUCGUCAAACUUCUAAUCCAAACUGGAGCAAAAAUAGACAGACAGUGUGAAGAAUCAAAUGCUUUAAUUUUGGCAUUGAAAUACAAACACGAAAAAGUUGUAAAACUGCUACUAGAGAGAGGAGCAGAAGUAAACAUAUCACACCGUAGGAAUUGGAGUCCAUUAAUGCUGGCAGCUGAAGCCAGGCAUGAAAAUGUCGUCAAACAUUUAAUUAAAUAUGGGGCUGAUGUAAACGCGGCGAGUGGCGAAUUGGUGAACGCUUUAAUUCUAGCAUCUGAAAACGGAUUGUAUAUGUCGGUGAAGGAACUGUUAAAACAUAAAGCAAACGUUAACAUUAUUAAGUGUUUGGGAAUAAAUCCAUUAUUAUUAGCUUCUUUGCUAGGUCAUACACAAAUUGUAGAAUUACUUGCGGAGAGAGUAAAUGAUUUAAAUCAAGAAAUAAGCAAAGGAUGGGAUGCAAUUAUGAUAGCUAGUAUGAAAGGGCACGCAGAAGUUGUGGAACUGCUUCUCCAUUGUGGAGCUGAUGUGAAUACGCUACGAAGUCAAAGGUGGGAUGCAUUUGCUUUGGCCAACUAUAACAAGCAUACUGUCAUAGUUGAUCUUUUUCAAACAUUUAAAGAUAAAAUAAAAGCUGAUAAACACCGCGGGAGAAAUCCAUUGAUGUUAGCGUCAUAUAUAGGACACGAAAAAGUUGUUCAAGUUAUUUUAGAAUAUAAAGGAACAAAUAUUAAUGCCGAUGACAAUGAUGGUUGGACAUCAUUGAUGAUGGCAUGUGAAAAUGGGCACAUAGACGUCGUCAGUUUAUUCAUGCUCAAACUUCAAAGGAAAAAUUGGCAUCCAAGUACAGUAAAAAAAAAGGAAAACUCUAAUGCUACUAAAGCGUCUGAAUAUGGAUUCAACAAAUUACUGCAAGUGUUAUUAGGCAGUCGUUGUGAUAUUGAUGCUGCUAAUAACGAUGGGUGUACUGCUUUAAUGAUUGCCUCAGAAAAAGGACAUUAUGAAAUUACAAAACUUCUUGUAGAAUAUGGAUGUUCUAUUAACAUUAAAAAUAAACAGGGAUUAAAUGCAAUAGAUAUUGCUAGGCACAUGAGGCUUGAUAUCUGGGGUAAGCCACUUAUCUAA